AUGAAUCAGGUCUAUAUCGUCGGGGCGACCUUCGCCCAUCGUGGCUUGGCAUUUCGCAUGCGCUUUUCGACAAGACGUGCGGGCAAGAAAAUCAUGUGGAAGUACUCAAAGCGACUAGUUGCUGGCUCUGUUGUCGCUCUUUCUCCCGUCCAGGACUGUUUCGAUACAAAGUGCAUCGUGGGGGUCGUCGCUGCCAGGCCUCUUGAGAAUAUCACCAAGGAGCCGCCUGAGCUUGAUAUCUUCUUUGCACGACCAGAGCAAACCGAAUUCGACCCUCAGCGGGAAUGGAUCAUGGUGGAGGCCAACUCGGGUUACUUCGAGGCCCACAGACACACCAUGAAAGCAUUGCAGAAGAUGUCUUCUGAAAGGUGGGUAUACGACAGACCGAUCUUCAAUCCCUUAUUGUCUGACAUGUUUCAUUUCCUUCUUAGAUUUCCUUUGAGCGAGCAUAUAUGCGCCCUGGAGCCUCUCAUCUGCGCCCCGGAAUACGUGGAGGCAGAACCGAUGGUCGAUAUUCGGGCUCUGUCGCAAGCACACAGCGAACGAAGGGAAAAGGUCAAUAUUCUGGGGCAAUGGCCGACCUCCCCAAUGAUUGGACUGGACACUAGUCAAUGGCAGGCUUUGAAGGAGAUGCUUACCAAAAAGCUGGCCAUUGUACAAGGUCCGCCUGGGACUGGCAAAACCUACGUCUCCGUCGUUGCGCUCAAGGUUCUUCUUUCAAACAUGGCAUCUGGUGAUCCGCCAAUCAUCAUUGCGGCGCAGACAAACCAUGCGCUUGACCAGUUUCUUACCCAUGUCUCCAGAUUUGAGACUAACUACAUUCGACUAGGUGGAAGAAGUACUGAUGUCGAGAUUCGCAAACGGACACUGUAUGAGGUCAGGAUUUUGGAACCACCAAAGGAGGUGGAUGGCGGACUUUCUGGUCCUACCAGACGAGAGCAACGGAUCCUCGUCAACCAAUUUGUUGAGCUUCUCAAGCCUUUCAAUCACGAAAACGGCAAUAAUCCCAUCCCAGCCGACAUCUUUGCCCAGCACGGUUUGCUUAAUGAAGCCCAACUUCGCUCUCUUGAGCGAGGUGCGAGUGCGUGGAUGCGCCCGGAUACCGAGAAGUUCGAGCUGUUCGCAGCAUGGCUUGGUGAUCAGCUAGUGGCUUUUGACGUUGACUACUCGCGCGAGACAUUCGGGUUUGUCGAGAAUGAGACUGAUCUAGAGUACGAGCAGCUCAGAGAAAUUGAGGCAGAACAUGGCCAGGAAGAAGAUGACCUGGAAGUUCUCAAAGGCAGAUUCGUCCAUCUGCUGGAAGCGUUCCGCAGUCAAGGACUGAGUUCAGUCUCCGAGGUUGCAGCAGCUAAAUAUCUGACGUCGAAGGACUUGUGGAGUAUUCCGAGCAAGUUUCGCGGGGCCAUCUACAAUAUCCUGCGAAAUAAACUGUUACUGAUGCUCACCAUCAAAUUUCGGAAGCUGGCAGUAUCCUAUGCAGCAACCUGCGAAAAAUUCCAGAUCGGAAAAUGGGAGAAGGACUACUACACUCUGCAGAGUGCCAAAGUAAUUGGGAUGACGACAACCGGCUUGAGCAAAUAUCGCGGCCUGCUCUCAAGCUUGAACCCUCGUAUUGUUCUGAUUGAAGAAGCAGCCGAGUGUAUCGAGGCACCAAUCGCGGCUGCUUGCUUUAACUCUCUGCAUCAGUUGAUCCUGGUUGGUGACCAUCAACAAUUGAAGGGCCACUGUGCUUUGCAGGAUUUGGCAUCCGAGCCUUUCUUCCUCGAGAUUUCAAUGUUUGAGCGUCUAGUCAACAACGGCAUGCCUUACAUCAAGCUCCGAGAACAAAGGCGAAUGGCAACGGAGUUCCGCAGGUUGCUGUCGCCCAUCUACGGGGAGCUUAUCGAUCAUGUCUCUGUUCAGAGCCGCGCCUCCGUGCCAGGGAUGGGCGACCUCCGCUCUUUCUUCUUUAACCACGACUGGCCUGAGAGCAAUGACAGCCUCGCCUCGAAGCUCAACGAGAAUGAGGCAUCGAUGGUGGUUGAAUUUUUUGCCUACCUUGCUUUGAACGGAAUACCGGUUCAUAACAUCACUGUCUUGACAUUUUAUAAUGGUCAGAGGAAAUUGAUUUUGAAGAUUAUGAGGACACAUCCAUAUCUCUCCAAGCAUCUCGUGAAAGUUGUCACAGUCGAUUCGUAUCAGGGAGAAGAAAAUGAGAUUGUCCUGUUGUCUUUGGUUCGCAGCAGCCAGCAUCGAGGCAUUGGGUUUCUUUCUGUUGAGAGCAGAGUCUGCGUAGCCCUGUCUCGCGCAAGGAGUGGAUUCUACAUCUUUGGGGACGCAAACAAAGUUCUCAACGAGAGUCCGCUGUGGAACAAAGUUGUACACAUGAUGUGCGAGGACGCCGCUAAACCACGUCUGGGCUCCCAGUUACCCUUGACGUGCCAGAGUCAUGGCAAGGAAACGCUCAUUACGGGUGAACUAUCACAGUAUCUCAAAGUAAAAAAUUUGCUGACUUGUUGUUUCUUGAUCAGAGCUCAGUGA